AUGUUAAAACAUUUAAUUCCAAUAAAAUAAAAAUAGUUUGUUUGCUAAUUAUAAUAUAACUAAAAAGUAAUUAUGUAUGUAUUCAAAGUAUGUUCCGCUUUCUAAUUUUAGUAAAAAUAGGUCUACACCUGCCCAUCAAAGGUUAUCUUAGUAGCCGAGAGCUUACAAGCACAAUUCUACCUUAUAUCGAGGCGUCAUUAAUUUAAAUUAAAUUGAUUAUAACAUUUCUAUGCUUUCUUUGAAUAAGCGGUAAACUCGACUUAUAACGAAAAUGAGUUAGAUUCACUACUGAGUUUUAAAAAUAUAAUACUGCAAAACUUGCUAAAUUAGGAACGGGAUUGAUCGAAAGAUAUUUCUACCUUAAAUUAAAAUAUUUACAGAAAGUAUUUCGUAAAUAGAAAUUUGAAACUUUUGUUUUGGAAAGUUUUAAUUUUUGAUUUAACCACCUAUUUAUCUGGGAUAGAGAUAAUAUAUUCUACAUAUUUUGUUGAUACAGGUAGGAAUAAAUAAAUAAGCAGUAGGUAAACAUUACAUUAUAAUUAAUAAUUAUUUAUAGAAAUUUAUAGCCUCCUUCUGAAAAAGUAGUUUGUUAAGACGUUCCGUGCUGAAUGAAUCAUCAAACGCAACUAAUAUUUAAAUGUAUAUGGGGGAAUUAAUUUAAAAAAAAUAUUUACAGUAAAAUCAAAAUCUUUUUAAUUGUUAUCUUUAUCAUAUUCAUAAUUUUGUGUUAAUUUGUUUUUGUUCCAUAAUUGUAUUUAUUAUACUGCAUUGAAACCAUUUUAUUUUAUUUUUCACAUUAUUAAAACACAAUGUUUCGUCGGAUCGUACGUAGAUCAAACGAUCAAAUCACAGGAUUCUUCCAACAUUUUUAGUUUCUACUCACAGAUAACAAGACCUUAGGUUUCUCAUCUCUAUACCCUUUUCCACAGAAAUAAAACCGUCCAACGUUCCUUUCUUGGCCGCUCCUCUGCCUUCUGGAAUUUCCUGAAAUGGAUAUUAUGUCUCUUCUCUAUCCUCAUUUAAAUGUUUUUUUUUUUUCAAUAUUUCUUCCAUCUCAAUCAGAUGGUUUGUAAUAAUGAAAUUAUAAUUUAAGAAUAGAAUUUUGGUAGAACUGAAAAAUAGUGCUCUAUCUUUUAAUAUUAUGAAUCAAUUCAUUAUAUUUUUUUCUUUUCAUAAUUCUUUUUUCUUUUUUUUCCAUUACAAAUUAUUUUCAAGAAGAUUUUCUCUCCUUUAAGAAUACAAAGCUGAUUUACCUUCGUAGCUGGUUAUGUUUAAGCUUGUAAGAAGCUGAGAUUUGAUAAUGAGGAAACAAUAAUUUACAUGUUAAGUUAUGAUAGGAAAAAAUCCAAACAAACACAGUCGUUUGUCUCCAGAAUAUAGGCAAAGAAAAAAACACUUCAACGUUUCGCUGAUUCAGGACAAUUGCAUACUCUAAGUAUAGAGUGAUGCCCGAUUUGCUUUUCUCUUCUGUCCUGAUGAUGCCUGAAUUUGUGAAACGUUGAACGGUUUUUUUUUUAUUUGCUCGUAUUCUGGAGACAUAAGGCUGUGUGGUUUGGAAUUUUUCCAAUCAUAACCUAACAUUUAUAUUUUGUCUCUUGUUGAGUUUUGUACUCAUUUAUAUCAAUGAUUUAGACUUAUGUAGUCUAUAAUCGCUUAAUUGGGGCCUAAUGGUUUAAUACCACACGAACUCAGUUCCUCAUAUUAUUUCUUAUUGCAUCUCAAGUACGACCCUACCAGAUAAUGGAUGAAUUACGAAGAAAGCAUAGGUCAUAUAACAAACGUUUUAAAAUUAUUGAAAAAAAAAAUGAAUAUAUUUUAACGAAAUCAGGCAGAAAAUAAUUUACAAAUACCAACAACCCUCAACUUGAUUAUUGAAACCAACGCUUAGUCCAUAAAUAAAAAAAAAACAUUCACAACAUGGAACAUUUAUAUUCAAGAACCAGAACAUAUGAUUGUUGAUAGGAUGCAAGGGGAUGCAGCUGAAGAGGAAUCUUCUGUGGAUAUUCAUGGACUCAAUGAACCUGAAGAUUCGGAUGUGAUGAUUCCACCUUUCAGGCUCUAUGAUCUCAGGAAUUCAACAGCUGCAAAAGAUUAUGACCUGGUGGUGAUCGGAGGUGGCUCUGGUGGCCUAGCCUGUGCAAAAGAAGCAGUUUCUUAUGGGAAAAAAGUUGCUGUUUUGGACUUUGUCACCCCAUCUCCUCAGGGAACUACAUGGGGUUUGGGGGGAACCUGUGUUAAUGUUGGUUGCAUUCCGAAAAAAUUAAUGCAUCAAGCUGCUUUAUUAGGCGAAGCUCUCCAUGAUGCCAAAGAGUUUGGAUGGGAGAUACCUGAUCCAUCUACCCUUAAAAUCAAUUGGACACGGUUAGUUGAAGCUGUACAAAAUCAUGUUAAAAGUGUGAACUGGGUAACUCGUGUCGAAUUGAGAGAUAAGAAAGUUGAAUACAUUAAUGGACAUGGCCACUUUGCUGAUCCAAAUACAGUGAUAGCUACUUUAAAGAACGGAACAGAAAAGGUUUUGAAAACAGACCAUGUUCUUAUUGCUUGUGGAGGGCGUCCAUCUUUUCCAGAGGUGCCUGGAGCUAAAGAAUAUUGUAUCACAAGUGAUGACAUAUUUUCACUUGAGAAGCCUCCUGGAAAAACACUUGUAGUUGGAGCUGGCUACAUUGGUCUAGAAUGUGCUGGGUUUCUUAAAGGAAUGGGUUUUGACGCUACUGUGAUGGUUCGUUCUGUGGUUCUGAGAGGAUUCGAUCAGCAAAUGGCAGGCCUGGUGACAGAAGAAAUGACAGAAAGAGGGGUCAAGUUCUUACAUAAGUGUGUACCUGUUUCAUUUGAGAAGUUGAAUUCUGGAAGAAUUUUAGCAAAAUGGAGAAAUACUGUUGAUAAUUCUGAGUUUUCUGGAGAGUUUGACACUGUUCUUAUAGCUACUGGUCGCCGGGCUCUUACCAAAGAAUUAAAAGCUACAAAUGCUGGUAUUGAUUUAGACAACAACUCCCUGAAGGUCAUUGCCAAGCUUGAACAAACAAAUGUUCCUAACGUCUUUGCUGUCGGUGAUGUUUUACAGGGAAGACCUGAACUGACUCCUGUAGCAGUUCAAGCUGGAAAGCUGCUAGCUGCUAGAUUAUAUGGAAAAAGCAAUAACCAAAUGGAUUAUACGAAUGUGGCCACAACUGUUUUCACCCCGAUAGAAUAUGGCUGUGUUGGUUAUUCUGAGGAAGCUGCUAUCCAGAAUUAUGGUGAAGAUAAUCUUGAGAUUUACCAUGCCUUUUAUAAGCCUCUGGAAUUUUUCAUUCCACAACGUAGUCCUGCAAGAUGCUAUCUAAAAGUGAUAUGCUUAAGAAAAGCUCCUAGGACUAUUGUUGGUAUGCACUUUAUUGGUCCACAUGCUGGAGAAGUUAUCCAAGGUUAUGCAGCUGCAGUUAAGUGCGGCAUGACAUUCGAUCAAUUAGAAAAUACUGUAGGCAUUCACCCAACUGUUUCGGAAGAAUUCACUCGUAUGGUUAUUACUAAACGAUCAGGAUUAGAUCCUACACCUCAGAGUUGCUGUAGUUAAAUUAAUACUAGCUGCAAAACCGCUUCAGAAAUUCUUGAAGAAACAUUAUAGUUCACCCAGUGAAUUGUUUUUAACUAAUAAGCUACUCAUAAUUACACUAUGUAUUUAACUUGGACCCGUUUUAUCACUUAUAGGUCCAUCGAGAACUUUAAUUUCAAACACUUUAGUUUUAUUUAUAUAUAAUUAAGGGAAAACAGCAUAGUUGAUAUUAAUAUGUGAAAGUAUAUGCCUAAGGCAUGUAUUUUGUAAUGGGCAAACUUGGCACUGAUUAGACUUAUAUCCCUUUUUUUUUUUUUUUAAACUUAUUUAUUUAAGUGGCAAUGAAAAUUAUUUUUCUUAUAAGUUUUAUUUUAAUUUGUUUAUUCCAUACAUGACAGUGCUUUUAAAAUAUACUGUACCCUUAACGGGGUUGAUAGUUGAAAAGUUUGUACUUUGUUAUAAUUUUUAUUAGCAUUUAUGAUAACAAUAGUUUAAAAAUUAUUUUUACUGUGGUACGUGAAGUGAUAAUAUUUAUUUUUGAUUGUUUUUGUAAUUUUACCAGCUCUUAAAAGUGAUAUUUAAUAAAAAAAAAAAAAAAAAUAUUACACCUCACCCUAUUUUAAAUCAUGUGAUAAUAAAUAAAAGUAACUACUUGUUGGGCUGUAUCUAAAAAGAUAUUUUUUAUUGUUCUCUAGGAUAUAGUGGUUUUUGAUUAGUAAUUAAUUAAUGCUUUAAAUAAAAAACUGUUACUGCCAGGUACUUACUGCAAGUAUGUUCAAUAUAACUGUUCAUAAUUUUAGUUAAAGAGCAAUCCUGAAAAUCAUUCUUUAUUAAUAUCUACAUUAUAUCAAUACUUACAAUAAGUCCCUGCUUUACGUGGUUGUGAUGUUUUUAUGAAUUUCAUCAGCGUCAAUCUAAAUUAUUAAAAAUUUCAAUCUAAAUCAUAGUCUAUAAAAAGAUAAACGUUGAAAAAAAUUCCAUUACAUAAUUGUAUCAUUUAGUAUUUUUUUUUUUUUUGUAUUAUUUAAAACUGUAAACUAUAUUCUUAGUUUUAUAUUUAUUGUAAGGUACCUAGGUACGUUGAAAAGAAUAAAAGUGUAUUAAUGAAAAUAUAAAAUAAUGGUAUAUUUUUAUUUUAGAUUUUUUUUGUCUAUGUCUAUUAAAAAAACACAAUGAAUAAAAAAUAUUUACAAUUUAUAUUACAAUUAAAGGAUAAUAUUUUUAUAAAAUCACACACAAAUUAAAUAAAAACAAUAAUUAAGACUAGCUGUGAAGUUGAAUGUAGUUGUUUUGUAUAUUUAAAUAAUUCUUUCCUCCAUUUGGAAGAUUAAGUGAAUCUUUAAAAAAUGUUUCUUGGGAACUAUAAGUAGAAGAUGUCAUCGCUUUUCGUAUCUGCGUUUGUGGAGUCCAGUUGUCAGAAGUACUUUCGCUUUCACUCAGGGACCAUGGAUCACAUUCCAGUGAGUCUGGUGCCAUAGUGAAUUCUUCAAACCUAGUAAUUGACAAAAAUAAAUAAAAAUAUUUUUUUAUAAAAUCAAGGUUCUCAAUAAUUUCUGUAUUAAAAAAAACUUAAAUUAAAAAGCAACCAAAAAUUAUGAUUUUUUUUUUUAUUUAUACAUAAAUUAGUUCUUAACCAUUAAUAAUUUGGAAUUUGAAAUUGUCCACAAAGUUUCGUAUUCGUUUUUGACUUGGCUUAAUGACUGGUCAGUUUCUCGUACUAUUCAAAAUAAAAUUAUUCUUGCUUCUAAUUGUGUUGUAGAUUCUUAAAAUCAGAUUCAUUUUCUGAUACAAUUUGUGGUUAGAAAUUCAAGUUUUAGCAAUACACAAUUUUCUUUUUAAUUAUGUUCUUGAUUGUCAUAGCAUGGUAUCUACUACCUAUCUUCCUAUGAGUUAUUUUCGAGAAUAUACUAUCAAAAGCUUCUUUACUUAACAGGUCAAUGAGAAAUGAAAUGAAAAUAGAUUUUUAUUAUGCUAGGACUUUUGUCCCUUUAGGACAAAUUAUAGAUACAGAGAAAAUGCCUGUGUGGCCAUAAAAUUAAGUUAAAUAUUUACAAUGCUCAUUAAAAUAAAAAUAUUGGAAGAAAAAUAAAACAAAACUAUUAAAUACAUACAGAUAUACAAUACAAACAUGUGAAAAUAAAAUAACAUAAUUAAACAAAACCAUUUCUGGGGGAACUUUAACAGUUCUCUUAUCUACUUUUCAUGAUCAAUCGGGUUGGGAAAGAAGUAGUUUAAAAAGGAGAGAUUUGAAUGAGGAAACUGAUUGGGCAUGUCGAAUAUCGGGAGGGAUGGUAUUCCAAGUGGAGACAGCUUGAAUUAUAAAGGAUUUGUCAAACACAUCAGUUCAGUGAGGAGUCAAUACGCAGACUUGUGGCUUAUUUCCUAAAUUUGAACAGCAAAGAAAAUUAUUUGUUCCUUUCCUUAAUAAUAGAGUAUUUAGGACAUGGGCUAUCGUGAACUCUGUUGUAGUAUGAGUUAUCAAAGUAGGUUGGCCAUUUUGUAAAGUUGAUCUCAGACCAGAUAUCUUGGUGAAUAAUGGACAAGAGAAUAUAUGCCACCAAAAGAACGCAAAUUCUAAAAGUUUGCAAAAAAAAAGUCAUUUUAAAAUACCUAUACCAUGGCAGUUUGCUGGGAAUAGGAGUUUGGAUAGUAGAGAAGCCUUUGACAACUGGCUAAGGUAUAGUUCAGCAAGAAACUAUAUCUCUAGACUUAAUAUUAAUAGAAUAUGUUCUCUUGUUUAUUUAAAUAUAAAACUUAUAAUCCAUUCUGGCCCUGGCUGUUUUUGUAUAGCUUAUACCUGAUUUUCAAUUAACGAUAAUCACAUAAAAUAUUCUGUUAAUUCUUUUAUCAUAGAAAUAAUCAAAGCCUUAUUCAAUUUUUAUUCGAACAAUACCAAAAUAAUUUUG